CCUUCCUCUCUGUUUAUCUUGUUUCUUCUUUACCCACUCGGAUAACGCACACCACCUCCUUUUUCCAAUGCCUUAAUUUUGUACUUUCUGUACAUACACAUAUAUCCCUAUCUAUUCCUUUUUUUCUCUAUUCCUCCUCCGAUUCAUUCAUUCAUUGAUUUACGCCUCUGCCACAGAUUAGGAGAAAGAUCGUUGAUGCAUGAAUUUCUCAACUGCACUUACUGCACCUUUUGGGAAUCUUAAACACAACUAGGACACUCAUAGGAUGGUUAGCCUAUCCUUUCUAUUUUUUGAUGCAGAUUUGUCAUUUUAUCCGACCUGUCCAAGGAGUAAACUUUUGGCUCAAGUUAAGACAGCAAAUGCUCUGUUGGGGACUCUUGUGAUAUAGAAUUUGAAUUGGGAAAAUGGCAGCUGAUCAGCGGAAAAAGCGUGUAAAUGCUGCCAGUUUGGUUGGCUGCACUUCCCGUGAACAAUAUAGGGUAAAUAGGAAAAAGUUGCUAGUUCAGCAGCAUGGUUUGGACAUGAGGCCUAACAUCACUCUUGAGUGGGAUAACAAGAGAAAAAGUGUUGUUUCAAAGAGGGAGCAGAUUGGUAUUAGACGGAGGCACUUGAUUCCGUUUAUUGAACCUGGUCCUCAAGCCCACAAUAUACUGGCUGAUGUCUUCUCUGUUCCUGAGGAGAUAUUUCAAUUAGAGAACCUCUCUGAGGUUCUCUCAUAUGAGGUCUGGCAGAAUCAUUUGUCUGGCAGCGAGAGAAGCUUUCUUUCACAAUUCCUACCUAAAGAACCUGAGGCAGAUACCAUUGUUCGAGAUUUGCUCGCUGGGGAUAACUUCCAUUUUGGAAAUCCUUUUGUUAAAUGGGGCGCUUCUCUCUGUUUUGGGAAACUUCAUCCCGAUUAUGUUCUUCAUGAGGAGCAGUCCCUCAAAGCCAGCAAGAAGGCAUACUACUUAGAUUUACAGAAGUAUCACAAUGAUAUGAUUGAGAGUUUGCAAACUUGGAAGGAAAGAUGGGUUGGUUGCCAGGAUGCUGAAGUGGACAUUAUGCAUAAUAUGUGGAGUUCUGGGAAGCAUGCUGAGCGAAUUAUGCCUCCAUCAGGGACUAGAUUCGAUGUUAAUGAAGAGUACGUCAUUGCCACUCCUGAGUCUUGUUCUUGGGCUAAUUCUGAGAUAGCUUAUAGUAGUGAUAACCAGAACUUGGGAAUGGUGCUUGGAGAAUCUCAAAGAAGAAAGGAUUUCUUGAACAAAAUCUCUGAUUAUUCCUCCAGUGGGCUAAAGCUGACUGCAGGAUCUAAAAAAGGAGAAAAGCCACAGAAGCGGAAUAUCCUCAAUGGUGAUGGGACCAAAUACAUGUCCUAUAUUAAGGUCAGCAAGGAACAACAUGAACGUGUUAAAAGCAGCAUAAAGCAUGCUGGUAAUAGCAUUCAGCCAAGGUCUCUAAAUAAUGUUUUAGGUAGCAUUGAUGUUCUAAAUGUACAACCAUUUGAAAGAUUUGAAGAAGAAGAGAGGAAAAAGCUGCAUGAACACUGGUUGAAAUUGGCAACUAUAGAUAUCCCAGCAGGUUUUGCUAACUGGAGAAAGAGUCAACUACAGACAAAAGAACUUGCAUUGGCCCUGGGUGAAGAGAUAGGAAAAAAGCUUGAGCACCAGAAGGCUGCUCUUCAUAAGGAGAAACAGGGUUCUCCAAAUAGACAGACAGAACUCUCAGAUGAUAGUGAAGAAGAAAUUUCACCUUCAAGCAUGAUUGAGGGUGUAGAGAGAGAGUUGUCUGAUGACUCGCUUCAAGAGCAGAGAGAUCAUGAUGAGGCAAUUCAGGAAAUGACAACAGGAAUAGAGGAUGAAAAGGACAUGAAAAGUGACUACAUAUUUGAGGAGCGAAUGCAUGAUGAUACAGAGAUGAUCGAAGCUGAGGAUGCUCCCCGACAUGUUUUCAUUCGGGAUCAUAAUCAAAAGCAGAUUCCUUCACUUGAUAAUAGCCCUAGGAACACUAUGAUAACGCCAUCUAGCCCUGGGUUUCUUCAGCAUCAGCAGCAAAUAAGUUCAUUUAAUAGUAAUCCUCACACCAACUCCGUGGAGAUGGAAUGUAAUAAUGCAGGUUCAAAAACUGAUGAAGAUCCUCCAACUGUGUCGGAGUACCCUGGAAAUAUGAACCAUGUGGAUAUUCCUGUCAGCAGGGGAGACACUCUCCCAGCUGCUAGCGAUGUUUGGCCGGCAGGUGAUGUUCAUGGUUCUUAUUAUCAAUCUACUGCCAUAAAUGCUGGAUAUGCCUCUGCUCAAGAGUUGUCGAUUGGGCACCCACAAUUUAUACAGGAGCAAACAGUGCGAAUGCUUGAUAUGCAAACGCACAGGCAGGAUAAAGAUGCUGGGAAGAAUAUGCUGCAUAGACAACCUGAAGAUAUCUCUUUCUUCAGUUCUUACUCUAACCAAGACCGAGGUGAACUGCUUCAAUCGCUCUUCAAGGGUCAGGGUAAUUUGUCAUAUCAUAAUCAACAAAAACAAUCAGGUAUAGAGUUCCAGCCUGCGCAUGAUCUAAUGAUGGAGGCAGGUCAAUUUCCUGGACACUUUAGGGAGCAGGUUCAUCCACCACUUUCUCUUGAUGUUAGGCAGAAGAGACUUAAUGAUCUAUUCAUGCAUCAGAACAUUCAGGAGAGUAUUUAUUCCGGAAGUCGAUUUGCUAUGCCUAGACAGGAUCACUUGCCCGUCAAUAUUCAUGAUUGGGCAACUGUCAAUACUGUACGCAUGCCAGUUCCCCCCCCAUCUCAUUUGAACAGUGGAGAGUUGAGUCAAAGCUGGUAUACUGGUGAGAAUGGAACCCGGGAUGGAUGGCCUUCUUUUGAGGUUGCUGUCGGUGUGAACCAUAGCCUGAGCAGUGGAAGUAACUCGGAUCAAACCCUAUUUAGUGUCCUAUCUGAAUGUAGUGAACUACGACCACGUGCUAGUUAUGAUUCAAUGGGCUCCACAGAACGAAUGGUCGAGGCUGGAAACUACAGUGGGAUUGGUGGAGGGAUUCCCUCAAGCAGCAAUUUCUUACAACAAUCACCUAACCCACUUAACUACUUGAGUGGCCAUGAGGCUGCUGGUGGUAUUAAGAUCAAUAACCUUGGGUGGACGGGAAUGCCACAGCAGAAUUCUGGAAUUCAGGAAUCCAUGGGUAAACCGUUCCUGAGGUCAUGGAAUCAGUGAAGAAAAGUAAGCAUGGAUGGAUGUUUGUUGCAUAGAAGAAUUUUGGAAUCUAUAGUCUGUCGGUAAACGGUUCUUGAGGUGGUCAAAAGAUAGCUUGCAUGGAGAAGUGUAGGGGCAACUUUGAAUGAUUGGUGCAAGAACAUUAGGAGAGAGCUGCAGAGAAUAUGCAAAGCUGCUCCCUCAGUGCACCUGGAUCUUGUAACAAAUUUUGUCUUUCAAGAGGUGACAGUGGGUUUUGUUUUCUUCAUUGUAGUGGGAUGGCGAAAGCCCGAAUAUGGCACAUUGUACAUACACAGCGCCAGUCUUGUGUACAUUAGUAGGGAGAUGGCGUAAGUUGUAGGGGAGUAGGGAUACACCGUGGGUGAAAUAUGAUGAUCUUACUGGGUUUUAGAUUUCUGUUUGGGUUGGGGAAGGCACAAAGAAUUGAUGGUUUUGGCAGGCGACAGUGAGUAUAGUAGAAAAGUGCUUCUAGUGAAAUAAAGCUUCUAAUUUUUUGAUCCUCUGAAGCCGGGAAAACAAAAAGAAAAAGCUCAGCAAUUUCAUUUUGCUGUACUUUUGUCUAGUUGAAUCCAAGAUAGCUGACAGAUUGGGAAAACAUUUGAAAGGUGGCAUUGGUCUCAACUGCAAGCAAUUUGUUUAUUGUGUUCCCCUGAACAUCACCAAGUUGUUGUAUGUAUGUACUUGAGAUCGUGAUUCCCUAAUGUAAGUAAAGUAUUCUUCUC